CGGCGUCGUAUUAUCAGCCGCCUUCACGCAAUUUCUACACCUCUCUCCAGCUCCGCGAUUUCUUCGGUUGUCCUUUUAUUUGUUAAGACAGACAAGAAAGCUUCAUCUCCAAGAAUCCAAUUAGGGUUUCAUCAAAGAUCCUAAAGUUGGUGUCUUGAGAGAGAAGCCAAAACAGAGAUUAAAAAGAGAUGAUCUCUACGCAGGUUAACCUAAUCAAACCGUCCUUGUUCUGUGCAAGGACGACGUCACAAACGAAACUUUUCUUUAAGGUUCCGUCUUUCAGGACGACGGUACGCUUUGAUUAUCAGCCACGCCGCAACUUAACUCUCCGGGCGUCUGCAUCAUCAUCCACGUCUACUCAGUUUUCUCCUCUGCUGAGCCAUCGGGGUCGUUUACAGAGUAGUAGGGAUCAGAGGAGAGGUCCUGCUGUUUGCGCGCUUGGUGGGAAGGAUAAACCUGAUGGUCGUAGUAAUGAGAUAUCUUCACAGUGGAAAGAAAUUGAGAAAGCUAUGGGGAACAAAUCAGUUGAAGAUCUGUUGCGUGAGCAGAUUCAAAAUAAAGACUAUUACAAAGGUGGCAACACUCCUCCACGAGGAGGGGGAAGAGGAGGAGGAGGAGGAGGAGGGUCAGGUGGUGGAAACGGUGGAUCUCAAGGCUCAUCAGGAGAAGAUGGGGGUCUUCCUGGUAUAGCACAAGAAACUCUACAAGUGGUUUUAGCAACCAUGGGCUUCAUCUUUCUGUACAUCUUCCUGAUCAACGGGGAAGAGUUGUUCCGUCUUGCGAGAGAUUACUUUAGGUAUCUUACUGGACGACCGAAGAGUAAUAGGCUGACCAGAGUAACGGAAAGUUGGAGUAGAUUAUUGGAGCGUAUGUUACCGAGGCAAAAAGUGUAUGACGAGUACUUGCUGGAGAAGCCGAUCAUCAAUACGCCUAGCUGGUAUGAGAGCCCUGAGAAAUACAGACGUGUCGUGAAGUCUUAUACUGAUGCAAAUGAGGAUGAGGAAUAGCUUUCUUUUUCUGAGUUAGUUUCACACCUACACCAUGAACCGUUUUGUUUUAGUUUCAUCAUAGUUAUACAACAAUCAGAUUUGUAUUAAAAUGACAAAUGCUCCGUAAAAGUUGGUUCUUAUUCAAAUAUGAUUUUUGAAAAUUAGUUAAAUUUUAA